CCUCUCCCACGACUAACCCCUUCGUAAACCAAAACUCUUCUUCUACAAUGCCAUGAUUAAAGGCUACUCACAAAAUGGGCACCAUUAUAAAGCCUUACAAAUGUACUCCCUCAUGCGUUCUCGUUCCGUUUCUUGCGAUUCUUUUACAUUUCCAGUUGUUUUAAGAUCAGUUUCAAGUCUUAAUGAAAUUCAGACUGGGAAAGAGUUGCAUGGGGUUGUUAUGAAAAUGGGUUUGUAUUCAAAACUGAUACUUCAAACUGCACUUAUUGAUAUGUAUUGUUCUUGCGGCUCAACGGAUUCUGCACGUUUCAUAUUUGAUAGAAUUCUUGAAAGAGAUGUUAUUUGCUGGAAUACAAUGAUAGCUGGAUAUGUUAAAUGCGGGGAGUUUAAUAAAGCACGAGAGCUCUUCGAUCAGAGUCCUUCGAGGAAUGUAUCGUCUUGGAAUACUUUGGUCGAUAUGUAUUGCAAAACAGGGGAUAUUGAGAUUGCAAGGCAGUUUUUCGAUGAGAUGCCUGAAAAAGAUAUCAUAACUUGGAAUGCUAUGCUCUCAGGGUAUGCUAAGAUUGGAGAAUGUGAGUCUGCCAGGAAAUUGUUUGAUCAAAUGGUUAAGAGAAAUGUUGUUUCUUGGAAUAUUUUGAUUACUUGUUAUGUUCAUAAUCGACGGUUCUUGGAAGCACUGGAUUUGUUUAGAAUGAUGCAAGUUUCAGAUGUUAAGCCGAACGAAGUCACGGUUGUAUCCGUGAUUCCAGCUUGUGCUCAUCUUGGGGCACUUGAUUUAGGGAAAUGGAUUCAUGGUUAUAUCAACAGGAAUCAUAUUAAGAUGGAUGUUUAUGUUAACACUUCACUUAUAGAUAUGUAUGGUAAAUGUGGAAGUGUCGAAGAAGCUAAAGGAGUUUUUGAUAAUGCAAAUGUGAAGGAUACGUUUUUGUUUAACACAAUGAUUGAAGUCCUGGCAAUGCAUGGGAGAGCAGAAAUGGCAUUCGGGAUCUUCAUGUCUAUGAGAAAAGAAGGCUUAAAACCAAAUGAGGUUACUUUUAUUGGUCUCUUGAAAGCUUGUAGUCAUGUUGGCAUGGUAGAUACUGGACUAAAAUAUUUUGAGGUGAUGAGAGAGGAGUUUGGUCUAACACCAAAGGUAGAACAUUUUGGGUGCAUAGUUGAUCUUCUAGGGCGUGCGGGGCAUUUGCAGGAGGCCUAUGGGCUAAUAACGAAGAUGCCCAUGGAGCCUCAUCCAGUGGUAUGGGGAUCAUUACUUGGUGCAUGUAAGAUCCAUGGAAAUGUCGAGUUAGCAGAGGAAGUAGCACUUAGUCUUGUAGAAUUGGAGCCUCAAAGCUGCGGGAAUUAUGUACUGUUAUCAAAUAUAUACUCCAAGGCCGGUAGGUUUAAUGAGGCUGUACAGUUAAGAAAGAUGAUGAAAGAAAAGGGUGUGAAAAAGCAACCUGGGUGCAGUUCGAUCGAGGUAAAUCAUGUUGUGAGUGAAUUCUUUGCAGGAGAUCGAGCUCAUCCCAAGUGCAAAGAGAUUUAUGAACAACUGGAUAAAAUGGUUAAGAGAUUGAAAGCCGAAGCUUAUGAACCUUGCAUUUCAUCUGCAUUGCAUGACGUGGAUAUGAAUGAAAAAGAGCAGACACUAGUACACCACAGUGAAAAGUUGGCUGUUGCUUUUGGACUUAUAAGUACCGAUAAUAGAACUCCGAUACGGAUUGCUAAGAAUUUGCGUGUUUGUGACGAUUGCCAUAUUUUUAUGAAGAUGGUCUCUAAGUAUUAUGAUAGGCAGAUGGUUAUUAGGGACUGCAGCCGUUUUCACCAUUUCAGUAAUGGGUCUUGUUCAUGUUCUGAUUACUGGUAACUGGUAUUAUACCAUGCUCAACUUCAA